CUGUAUGGUUGGAAUAAUAUUAACUCAUUUUGUCUGCCCCCAACUUAAGGAGCUUAUUGCAUUAAACACGCGAAUCUUCAAUGCCAUCUGCCGGGCACACGGUGCGAUUUUCUUCACAGGUUUUCAGUAGUUUGUUCUACUGAGCUAUUUAUAAGUCCGGUCCACGCCGUUUGUUUCUAAAACAUACAGCGUUCAUCUCCUGGUCCUGGUGCAUGUGGCUGUGAACGUUCUUCAGGGCCGAGUAGCAGCGUGAUCAUUGGUAAACACUGGAUGGAAUGGAACCAAGAGAUCCGGUCGCGCGGCACCAGCGGUAGCUCGGACCUGAUGAUUUGAGGAGGCACGUGCAGCGCGCCUUUCAGACGAAGAAAAAUACCGUGAAUAGGAUGAUUUCUUACCGAAAAUGGCUAUUUCUGUAUUUUUUACAUUAAAUGUACCCGGCUUGGUUUCUAUUGUGUCUAUUAUCAUCUUGACACAAAGUGCAGCUCCACUGGAAGCUGUGGCCCUCUGCCUGAGCGACCUCUGCCAAAAUGGUGGCGUGUGCCAAGACAUGCCUACCGACGUCCUGUGCCAGUGCCCCACGCCACUGUCGGGCCCCUCCGCCACGGGCCAGUGCGAGGGCCCCGACAUGCUGUGCCACCCUGUGCCAUGCCUCCACAAUGCCACCUGCCACCCCAGUCCCGCGGACCCCCCGGGCCUGGCCUGCCGGUGCCAGUCUGGUCACACCGGGGAGUCCUGUGCCGCCGGUGCCCAGCGAUGCGCCGACAGCCUCUGUGGGGCCACGGCUCUGUGCCAGCCGCUCUCCGGUCGGCCCACAGGGGCGGCGCCCGGCUACUCGUGCCUGUGCAGGCCCGGGUACGUGGGCACCCGCUGCGAGACGGAGGUGAACGAAUGCGCCUCAAAUCCGUGCCAGAACCGGGCCUUCUGCCGGGACGAGCCUAACGGGUACUCCUGCUUCUGCAUACCCGGAUUCCAGGGCAGUCACUGUGAAAUUGACGUGAACGAGUGCGCCUCCCGGCCUUGCCGUAACGGAGCCACCUGCCUCAACAGGGUCGGGAGGUUCUCCUGCCUCUGCAAAGCGGGGUACACGGGAACUAGAUGCGAGCUGCAAGUCAACGAAUGCCAAUCAGACCCUUGCCUCAACGGCGGCAGUUGUCAUGACUACGUGAACGGCUUUUCCUGCGCGUGCCGGGCCGGCUUCCUGGGCCGUUUCUGUGAAGUGGACGUGGACGAGUGCGAAAGCGAUCCGUGCCAGAACGGAGCGGUCUGCACCGAUGGGGUAAACGGAUAUAGCUGCGAUUGCACCGGGCUGGGCUUCAUGGGCCCGAACUGUGACACCCCCGUCCCGGCCUGCAUGUCCCAGCCCUGUCUCAAUGGCGCCUCCUGUCAGGAGAACCAGGGGAACUACACCUGCUACUGCUGGCCGGGGUUCGAGGGGAGGAACUGUGAGGUAGACACCAACGAGUGCAGCAGCAGCCCCUGUCUCUCUGGGGGGACAUGCAUCGAGCUCUCCUGGAAGGCCCUGUAUGACACAGAGAAACUAUUCCCUGCACACCACGACUCCCAGAAUGCCGUGGGGUUCAUAUGCACAUGCCAACCAGGCUUUGAAGGUGUUCUCUGUGAAGAGGAUGUUAAUGAAUGUGACUUGAAUCCGUGCCAAAAUGGAGGCCUGUGUGAGAAUUAUCCAGGAGGUUUCACUUGCCACUGUUCGCAGCAGAGCCAAGAUGGACGCCUGUACGGAGGGCGGAACUGCACAGUGGCCCUGCUGGGCUGUGAGGGUCGCUCCUGCCAGAAUGGAGCUGCGUGUUUGCCCUUGCUCAUCGACGGGGAGCACAGCCACCUCUGCACCUGCCCCCCUGGCUUCACGGGCCGCGACUGCCAGACGUCCACCGCCUUUUCCUUUGAGACGAGAGGCCACCUGCUUCUACAGAGCCCUGCCGCAGGUCCACUGGCUUCCUGGAACGUGACCCUCAGCUUCAGGACCGUGAUUGCCGACGCCACGCUUCUCCUCCGGAGGGCCGGAGGGUUUGCCGUCCGGCUGGAGCUGGUGGGCGGACGGCCACGCCUCCGCGUGCUGGCAGAGGGCGGGGCAAGUCCCAACCAGGAAGUCCCGUGCAACGUGAGCGAUGGCGAGUGGCACGCCGUGGAGGUGGCGUUCGAUGGCGGGGCCCUGGGGCUCAGGCUCCUGGGCGGUUCCUGUGGCGAGAGCACGGUCGUGGUGGCGAGGGGGUCGCCGCCGAGGGAAGGGUCAGGGCUGGGGGCGGAGCCACCCCCCACUUUCCACACCGUCCUCAUCGGAGGGGUCGGGGAAGAGGGGAGGGAAACGCCAUUGGGGGACGGCCCCCUCCCUCCCUUUGUCGGAUGUCUGCGGGACGUGUUUGUAGACUCUCGGCCGGUGGUGCCGGGGGAUUGGCUGAGCGGCACGCCAGUUAACGUCACCCUCGGAUGCAGCACCCGGGACAGGUGCGAGGACCGCCCAUGUCAGAACAGGGGCCGGUGUGUCAGCCAAUGGAUGAGCUACCAGUGCGAGUGCUACAGGCCUUACGAUGGACCGGACUGCUCAGAAGAGCACGUCACGGCCAGGUUUGGCGGCGAGGACCGGGAGAGCUACGCCGUGUUCACCCUGGACGAGGCCCCCUCGGAGGGCGUGGACAUCAGCGCGUUCGUGCGCACGCGCCGCCAGGGGGCGCUGCUGCUGGCCCUGGCCAACGGCACCGGGCCAUAUCUCCACCUGUGGCUGGAGGAGGGCAGGCCCAGCGCCCGGACCCGCGGCUCCUCCCAGACCCUGAGGGGCGGGGCCGCCGUCGGUGACGGCCGCUUCCACCUGCUGGGCCUCAGCGUCCGCGGCGACCGGAUCACGCUGCGGCAGUCGGCCCAGGGGCCGGGCUCCGCCUCCGCCCCCGCCCGCGGUGUCCGGGUGCAGCCGGGGGACCUGGUGUACGUGGGUGGCCUGCCGGACGCCCGCGACUCUGCCCCAUUCGGGGGCUACCUAAAAGGGUGCGUGCAGGACCUGAGGGUGGGCGCCCGGCGGCUGCAGUUCUACCAGCCGGGCGGGGCGGUGGCGAGCCCGUACGGGCUAGCGCAGCUGGUGAACGUCGCGCGCGGCUGCGCUGGGGACGACGCCUGCAGGUCGAACCCGUGUCUGAACGGAGGAGUGUGCUACUCCGUUUGGGAUGACUUCACCUGCACUUGCCCCCCCAGUACUACAGGGCGGCGCUGUGAGGAGGUGACGUGGUGCGAGCUGUCGCCGUGCCCGUCAUCCGCCAUUUGCCAGGCCCUCGUGCACGGCUUUGAGUGUAUUUCCAAUGCCACUUUUCUCAAGGACAGCAAUGCUGUUUCCUACAAAGUCAGUGGGAAGAUCUUGCGCAGCCUCACCAGCGUCUCUUUCCGCGUGCGGACGAGGAGCCGGAAUGGCAGCAUUCUCUGGGCUAAAAAGGGACUGGACUUCCUGGCGGUGUCCGUGUGGGACUCCCGUCUGCACCUGGAGCUACGGAGCGGAGCACGCUCUCUCGGCCUGAGCGUGGGGAGCCGGGUCGCCGUUAGCGACGGACAGUGGCACUCGGUCACGCUCGCCAUGGUAACCCCCGGCUCCGAGAUCUCUCAAUGGACCGUAGAGGUGGACGACCAGGGGGAGCCCUCUGUCUCUGGGGUUGCCGCUGGCAACCUGGACUUCCUCAAGGAAGGGGCGGAGCUUCUCCUGGGGGGCAGCGGUCUAGUCGGGUGCCUGAGCACGGUUGACGUCGGCGGGGUCGCUCUCCCGUACCACGGGGACGGCGAGCUCAGCCUCCCCCGCCCCCAGGAGGGCCGGUUCGUCAGGGCCUCGGCCGGCCCCGCCCUCCUGGGCUGCUGGGGCUCCCCCGUGUGCGAGCCCGACCCCUGCCUGAACGGCGGCUACUGCGUGGACCUCUUCGACCUCUCCCGCUGCGACUGCGCGCCCGGCUGGUCGGGGCCCCUCUGCGAGCUCGGCUCCGACCCCUGCGCCUCCGGGCCCUGCGUCCACGGCAACUGCAGCGCCCGCGCCCUGGGGCACGCCUGCGCCUGCGAGCCGGGCUACGCCGGCCCCGACUGCGCCGCCCGGGGGGAGGAGGCCGACCCCUGCCAGUCCCACCUCUGCGCCCGGGGGGCCACCUGCCUGAGGGGCUACUCCUCCUACUCCUGCCUCUGCCCCCCCGAGAAGACCGGGGAGCUCUGCGAUGUGAAAUUUGAGCAGAUUCCUUGGUACAAGGAGAAUUAUCCGAGGCCCAUUCUCCCAGUGUCUGUGUGCGGUGGCGAGCGCUGGAACUACACCUGCCAUAAUGGCGGGAACUGCACCCACGCGGGCUCGCAGUGGGCCUGCGACUGCAUGCCGGGUUUCACCGGCCGCUGGUGCGAGACGGACAUAGACGAGUGCUCGUCAGGCCCCUGCCUCAACAGAGGCUACUGCAUCAACAUGAUCAACGGCUUCCACUGCUUCUGCGAAGCGUACUUCGCCGGCGACCUCUGCGAGGUCCAACUGCGUGCAGACAGCCUGAGCUCUAAGGUGCUCCUGUCCGUCAGUCUGGCGUCCGUGGCCCUGCUCCUGGUGCUCUCCCUGACCGCGGCCGCCCUCGUCACCACCAUGAAGCGCCGGGCCACCUACGGCAGCUACAGCCCGUCCAGGCACGAGAAGGAAGGCCCCAGAGUGGAGAUGUGGAACAUAUCACAGACUCCGCCCACAGAGAGACUCAUAUGACCCAACUGCAGCCAUUCUGUCUGAUGUGCCAUGUGACAUCCAGCAGGUUCAACCUUGAGAGGGCAAAAACCAGGAGAGGAUGCAUCACAGGUGAACGCCCCACCCAUCUACUCAUAUGCAGGCCAGAGGUAAACGAGGACCCGUUAUGAAUAAACUGGCUCCUGUCAUAUAAUGGACCUCAUUUUAGGAAUAGUUUUUCCAGCCAAUCUGUGAAACAAAAAUCUUUUCAAUGAUCUCACUUGAAAUGCUGCCAUGCUUGGAGUUAGAAACAGUUGCUGGAAAGGGGGCAUUGUUCUGUUUGUACAGGCUUUGUGUAACACCGCACAGUUGGAGUAGAGAUAAAUUCUACCAAUUUGUAGAUUCACAGAUUCCGUAGACAAAGCAGAUGGAUAGCGCUGUUAGCACUCGAAGUUCUGCAUCUCCACCAUCAAAGCUAAAGUGUUCCAAUUGUAUUCACAUUUAGAAUUUUUAUAAAUGGAAAUGGCACCUUUUAUUUGCAAAAUAGAGAAGACAAAAUGUAUGCAAGAACCCGUUAUCUGGCUAGUCUGUAGCACCUGUGGGUAUAUGUCUGACGUGCCAUUGUCUAAUGGGACACAUUCUUAGCAAAAACUAUAAAAACAGUUUGUUUCCUGAUUGUGAUUUAUGUAAACACGUUUUGAGCCAUCUGUUUAGAUAAAACUUUGCAUUAAAACUAACAGGCUCCACGCUUAUGGAUGUGUCGCAAGCGUUUUUAAAGGGGACCCAGGUCAGAAAUCUAAAUCUGACGUGACUUAUUAUAUGUGCGUGCACGAUGGAGCCUUCCAAACCAUUUCCUCUCUGUCUAGAAACUCAACCCCAAGGUCAGCAUCGCAAACUGGCAAUUUCCAAUUAUCCAGACCUUUUUAUUUAAGUGAGUAGAGCUGUACAAAAGCCAUGUGAAAUAAAAUAUCCCUUUUUCCUUACCUGAACCUUCCUUUAAAAUACACUGAUACUCUGUUGUGUACUUUUUGGUCAUGUCAUUAGUGUUUGUGGUAUGUUUGUGUACAUAUAAAAUGUUGGUUAAAGUUUCAUUUUGAGACUAGGAAGAUGACAAUACAUUGUGUAUACUAUUUAAAUGUAUCCUGAAUUCAGCUUGACAGGGAAAUGAUUCAAUCUAAUGUUCAGGGAAGUGGACUUGUACCAAGGUCAAAGAAAGGAAGCCGUGUAAGUUGCUUUGGAUAUAAGCUUCUGCCAAAUGCCUAAAAUGUAAUAUAAUUUUAUGAACCGGGGUAUAAUUGUGAUAUAUUCUUUGUACAAUGUGUCACAAUUGUACCGCCUUAUAACAUUACACCACUUCCUUUCUUUGUACUCAGUCUACAACCUUGGUGUUAGCCCACUUACCUAACCAUUAUGCUACACUGCCACCAUGGUUUCUAUGUCACGUAAAGGGUCUAACCUUCACCUUUGUCUCCAGUUUUUGCUUGAAACUGAACUGAAGAGUAUAACUGAACAUUAUAUGAAUGUUUUUUAUUUAUUUAUCUGAAUUAAGAAUUAAAUUAAGUUGAAUCAUA